AUGGCCUUUGCACCCAGAGGUCCUGAGGCCUCGUUCUUCCAGGUUUUGGACCAGCACAGGGCUUCCCUGCUGGCCGCCCUGAGGAAAGGCGGCGGGGAGCCCGCUGGCGGGGGGACGCGCCUGGCCACUAGUUCUGAGGUUCUUGCAGCUAUAGAAAAUGUUAUCCAAGACAUAAUCACAAGCUUGGCAAGAAAUGAAGCACCUGCAUUCACAAUAGACAACAGAUCAAGCUGGGAAAAUAUAAAGUUUGAAGAUUCUGUGGGUCUUCACAUGGUAUCUCAUUGUACCACAAGAAAAAUCAAAAGUGAUUCACCAAAAUCAGUUAAAACUUUUGCGCUAAUUCUUAAAAUAUUGUCCAUGAUUUAUAAAUUAGUACAGAGCAACACUUACGCAACCAAACGAGACAUAUAUUACACCGACAGCCAACUCUUUGGUAACCAGACUGUUGUGGACAAUAUUAUCAAUGAUAUUUCCUGUAUGUUAAAAGUGCCGAGGAGAAGUCUGCAUAUAUUAUCUACAUCAAAAGGUUUAAUUGCUGGCGAUUUAAGGUAUAUCGAGGAAGACGGCACCAAGGUGAAUUGUGCAUGUGCAACAGCUGUUGCUGUGCCAUCUAAUAUUCAAGGAAUUCAGAAUUUAAUUACAGAUGCAAAAUUUCUAUUAAUUGUAGAAAAAGAUGCGACAUUUCAGCGGCUCCUAGAUGACAGUUUUUGCACCAAAAUGUCUCCGUGCAUCAUGGUUACGGGAAAGGGAGUACCUGAUCUGAACACAAGACUUUUAGUCAAGAAGCUGUGGGAGACAUUUCACAUUCCUAUUUUCACUCUUGUAGAUGCUGAUCCACAUGGCAUAGAAAUAAUGUGUAUCUAUAAGUAUGGAUCUAUGGCUAUGUCUUUUGAAGCCCAUAAUCUCACAGUUCCAGCUAUUAGAUGGCUUGGUCUCCUCCCUUCUGAUAUCAAAAGAUUAAAUAUACCUAAAGGUACUUUAAUUCCACUGACUAAACAGGACCAAAUGAAACUUGACAGUGUCCUGAAGAGACCUUAUAUUACUUGCCAACCAUUUUGGAGAAAAGAAAUGGAAAUAAUGGCAGACUCUAAAAUGAAGGCAGAAAUUCAAGCUUUGACCUUCCUAUCAUCAGAUUAUCUUUCCAGAGUGUACUUACCCAACAAAUUAAAAUUUGGAGGAUGGAUAUAA